CUGAUCACGGUGAGCCGGUUCAUUUACGCUGUGGGCUUUGUGAGCUGUUGAGGAAAUGGAAGGAAUUUAUUUCUUCCUCACUCUCUGUUCCUUUCUGAAUUUAGCAUCAUCGCAUCAAGCAGUUAAACACCUUUCCAUGUCUGAUUUGGCACCGUAUGACUCUCCUCAUGGACCCGAGCAAAUUCACAUUUCCUACGGAAAUAUUCCGAGUGAAAUGACAAUAAUGUGGUCGACCUCGAAUUCAUCGGAGUUUGCCAGUUCGGUCGUCCUUUAUGGCUUAGCGCCGAAGAAUUAUUCUCUUGAAGCAAAGGGAAAAUUUGUUUUAUUUACCGAAGGAAAUCCGGAUGGACUGAAAUACAUCCAUCGCGUUGUUCUCCAGGUAAGAGCCACAGAAGUGUUUUAAAACAAUGGUGACUUGAUUCCCAAUCGAUCGAUCAUGGAACGUAAUUUCAAAGUUUUCAGUUUUGAAGCGGUUUUCAAAAGCCUUUGAUGGUAACUGUUUUUAGUCACAAAGUAUUGUACUAGCUCUGCCAGAAGGUUUUUUACAGUCAGUUAGUUUAUUUCGUUAAGACUGGCCUCAACAGGAAAUGGACCAGUUGUUGACGAUUCAUCAAGCGAUAGUUAAUUGCAUGAAGUAAAGAAGUGAUUGGUGAUCAAGUCACCAACACCUGAUUUAAACCAUUUUAGUACAGAUAUUGCUUCUUUGAAACAGCAGUUUUAAACAUUCUGCUUGUGGCAUGGUUCUGAUCAGAUUCAAUAUGAAUGAGUAUACAUUUAGAUGGCCGCAAAGAACAUUGUGUAACUCGUACUUGAACUUGGCGAAUUUAUCAGGCUAGUGCUGGCUACGUAUUGGUAAUCCUAUUUUCGGUUUUAAGAAGAUUUAUUACCAAUGUCAAUAUAACAAGUAGUCAAAUGAAAAAAAGGGGAUGAGUUUCUAAAGAAACUGUGUUUGAUCUGUGUAGCAAAGUUGGGUUUAACAACCGAGUGAAUAAUGUAAAUUGGCCACCGUAAAGAGUUUCUCAGCUAAGAAACUCUUUACGGAGGCUAAGUUGCAGUAAUACCUCGUUUGAUAAAACCGAAAUACUCAGAUCCUUCCUUACAAAAUGGUUGUGUAGAGUAAUGGUUGCGUUGACUAAAACUCCAGGUUAAUCCUACAUCAGAAAAAGUAUCAUUUUAGGUAAGGUAUGGGUUGCACCUUGAAUAUUUUUGAAGGAUUGUAUUUAUUGUUUAAUAAAAAUCUGUUUUCAGUUGUUCCCCAAAUUUCCAGUCAGCGAAAACAUUAAUGGUGUUGUAAUGCUUUAGAGGGGCAAAUUUUGAGAAAAUUGAGCUAAACAAUAGCAAUAACAGCAGUAACUGAAAGUGCUUGCCAGAAAAGCAUUAUUGAUAUAACCCUUUAACUCCCAAGAUCUGAUUGUUAAUUUUCCCCUCUAGCUGUUACACAUUUCCUUGUAACUUAGCUAUGAGAACUUAUUGCUAGAUCAAGAUGGUAGCUUCUACGCAAUAAGUUGGAUUAUUUUCAUUACCUGUUUGCUGAAUAGUGUAUGGAUAUUAUAGGAAGAAGUUUCAUGUUAAUCACUUCUGGGAGUUAAAUGGUUAACAUGAGUGGAGGUCAGUUUUAUUUUGUCUGACAAUGUUGAUGUUUUUACACAAAUUAUGUCAAUACUUGAAUGGGGAGCUAAAUAACCCAGUCGUAUAAAAAAGGUAGAUAACAAGCCAAUUUUUUGUCUACAGGUUUUAAGUUAGAUUUUCCACUAUUACCUCUCUUAAAGCUACCAACUAAAUGCAGGCUUCAUUUGCUUAUCUUUUCUACACUAAACAGAAUAUAAUAAACUGCCUCUGAUUGAAUAAAAGGAGUAGUGCAGUGGUUGAGCAAACUGUUAAAUGGGAUACAAAGCCAUGAUAUCCUAUCUUUGGAGAACACGACUAUUAGCCAUCGUGUACUUACUUUCUGGUGUACUCCAGCUUUCAUUGUGUCAGAACAUUUAUAGUUACCUAUAGUAAUAUAACCAUUAGUGCAACCCUACUUGGUUGACUAACGGUUUUGGCAUUUUACUCAGCAGAGUAGAAAAAUCUUCUCAAGUAAGCCCGAUGUUGUAAUUUAACAAAUAUUUCUUAUUUCAGUAAAUUACAAUAAGGAACUUAUUUUUGAACUUCCUAAGUUGAUGUUUUGUCAAUUCUCAUCGCAUGUUUGCUGAAUGUUGUAUUGAAAUUGUUGUGUGGAAUUUACGUGUUGAUCAUGAUGAUCAUGAUUAUUUUCUUACAUCUAAUGUUGAUAUUUAUUCAUUUUUUCAGGGUUUAAUUCCUGGGAUGAAAUACUCAUACCGUGUACAAAGUGGUAGUAACAUUAGUGAUGGGUUUGAAUUCACUGCUAAAAGAGAUGAUGAGGUAAGGUGCUACAUUUCUCUUGAGCCCCCUCGCUCUCAAGAUCUCAUUAGUGAUUCUCCUUACUGAAUGCCAUUUGAUUCUUAUGAUGUUAAGGCCGAGAAUUUGGUAUUCGAUCAACUUAUAAUCCCCUUAUUGAUGUUUUUCUUUAUUCUCAUUGCUUAUCAAUAUUGAUAUUGUAAGGAGAAAUUCUGUCUUGGUUACUCAAGAGAGGAUUUAUAAAAAUAAGUAAACAAAGACAACUAAAUAAAACUUUAUCCUAUUUGAAUUGUCUUUCAAGAAAUCUGAAUGCCAUGCAAGUAAUUGACUUUAUCCACACGUGUUUGAAAUGAGAUUUUGUAAUUUCUCUAAAACACUAACCAAACAAAAUGUUUUGUGUGAUUUGUCAUUUCUGGUAAGGAUAAACAACAUUUUAUUAAGAACGUAUGUAGGAAAAAAAACUGGUUGCAACAAAAUAGUUUUGAUUGGUGAUUUGUGCAUUUUUAGAUUUUUUAUGUGGUGUGUCCAACCAUUUAACAAUGUGCCCCACUGAAAAUGUACAUGUAUUUCUGCCUUGUAUCCUUGAGGCAUGAAUUUUUCAAGAAUCUAUGAAAAGUGGAAGAGAGGGUAGAUGUGUUAGGGUAGAUAUGUUAGUGUGGCACUCAUCAGAGCUCUAGGUGACUUAUGGAAUCCCUCUAUCUGCCAUUGUUGCCUGAACAAUUGGAACAAGUAUAACCAAGUUAUGGCUGCUUCAAAAUAGUAUAGCAAAUGGCUUAUAACCUUGUAAUUACUGUUUGGCAUGAUUUCCUUUUGUUUGGCAUUAAAACAGCUUUAAAUUAGACAGCUGUAAUUUUGAAUUGAUAAUUCUCUCGUUUGAUUUGUUAAAUAGGAAGAAUACUUGACUUUUGAUGUCUACAGGCUUGAAAAGAAAAUUUGUAAACAUCAUUUUGAUAAGUGGCAAGAGUUGCUGCUGCUUUGUAUGAAACUUUUUUCCUUCCCCUCCCAUCAGACCAUUUUAUUAUGUAUUAUUUUUAAUUAUUAUUAUUUAUGUAACCUUCAUCAGUCAACAGAUAUGAUAGUCAGAAAGCUUCUCCAUGAAGAUUUUAAAAAAAUUGAGUCUCAUUUGCCGUAAACAUUUCUAUUGUUUGUAUCUAUUUUAAGUGAUAGUUCAGGCACUGUUCGUCAGCCAUCACCGACAAAAAAUUGAGAAUUAGCACCAAACAUUUGGAACCAACCCGCUUUCGAUACUUGAUGCUGAGAAUGGAGCGUAAUGAAUUGCCUAAGCUUAGGUUAACUUUUCAUUUCUCACCACUAGUAAACUCUAGAAUCAUCCCUAAACGCAUACCUUUUAUUAUUGUUAUCAUGAAUUUUUUGGUGGUUUACUCAUUUUUUAUAAGAUUGCAUUACUUGUUUUAUCAUAACCAUUACAAUUUCCUCAAAUGUGAUUGGUGCAUCAGCUGCUUUGUAUAUCACUAAUCACUUUGAACAGUUGUAAUUGAUCAGUGUAAUCGGACAGUUGCCUGUAAUCGGACACCUGUGUUUGGACAGUCAAAGCAGCCAAUCAUACUAAGCCCGCUUAGCUAAAUCCACCAAUCACAGAAUUGAUCACAAUGACCAUAGCAACAAUCACUUACUCUGAAAAAAAAUUGGGAAAUUUCCAAAUUUUUUGCUUUAAACAGUGUUCCUACAGAUGUUUGUCCUAAGUGUAUUUUUUUUUCGCUUCGCGGUCGUCCGAUUUUAUUAAUCACUCGUAUGAUUAUAGACCGAACUGGACACCACACAAUCCUUUCACCAUUAUUAUAAUUAGUAAAGUAGAAACUUUCGUGUGCGCUGUACUAGCAACAGCAAAGUGACCUAAGUUUUGUUUUGAGGCGAAUGGAUAUCUCUCUGUCGAUUUCACGAGCACGUGAGUAACACCUUACCCAAUCACGAGCGAGAGUUUUUAUUUUACGGACAUGUGUUUGUCAGUGACUUCGUAGCCACCUUGGUAACACAUUUCGCUCAAUUUGCUCGGCGACGAUCGAGGCAUUUAGGGCGUCGUCUCCAAGAAUGUGUAUAUGACAAUCGACCCUGGCACUUCUUCCGUUGUCGCUUCCUCGUCUUGUUUGGUUGAACUUUUGCUUGCCAUUCUCGUUGUCGCGAACGAAAGAGGUUUUUUUUAUGCCUCUUCAAGAAUUUGUAGUUCAUUUCAAAACAGGGAAGAACCUCUGGCUCACUUUGAAAAACGCUUUUGUUUGUUUCCAACUCUUCAAAAGGUGAUGAUGGUUUUGAAAGCACUUUUGAAUGACAUUGUAGAAAACUUUGUUACAAUAUGACGAUAGUUGUUAUGAGCACGUAGAUGCGAAACAAUAUCACUUAGCCUCCUUUUCAACUCGCAAUUCCACGCUAAAUCCUUUGCUUCGUUGACCAAUCAGAAUGCGAGAUUUUAUUUAAUCAUGCGAUUCCAUUAGAUAUUUUUAUGAUAAAGUUACGACGUAAUGCUGAAUAUUUCUUUCAGACAAGUAUGAUUGUUUACCUAAUUUGAACCGCAGCACUGUCUUCCAACAAACAGUUGUUGACUUUGUUAUUUGCUAUUUGUUUCUGCCUUUCAAAUGGAAAAUUUAGUCUUAGUUUUAACCAUUUCUCCGGUAGAGAAUGCGUCAACUGAUUUUUUACUUUUCUUAUAGAUUAUAGGCGAGAAAUUUCGGUUUAUAACGUUCCCCUUUUUCCCUGGGAACAGACGUAGACGAUUACUGACUCUUGGCAGUUUCGCGCGACCCUGGAAAUUAAUAUAUGUUGACAUGUUCACAUUCAACCCAAAAUCAACGAUAAACAAUCCUCACGUUUGUGCAAAUAUGUUCUUUGUAUGAUGCAAUCUUUCAAUGCGGGUAUACUUUCUCCAGUCAGACCUCAAGUUCUGAGUGAUACGAAGUGCUCGUAUUUCAGUUCCCACGAACAGCUCAAGACAUUAAGAGAUCGCGCCAUUUGAGUACCAUAAUUUUAGUGUUCUUUAUUCGUAGUUUAACCGGAUUUCCGAAAAUUUAUAUGCAGUUCUGUUUGGAAAGUUAAAAUUCAGUUCCGUUUGUAAUAAAAACAAACCAGCUAACAAUUUUACCCUUCAAAAUUAGAAAGGGGCAAGGAACCAAUCAGUUAGUUCUUCCUUGCUUCUUCGUCCUUUCAAUUAGCAUUUCAUUUUACAAACGGGAGUGCUAAUUGGAAGUACGGCACUGAAUCUGGGAAAGCCUUUCUUUUACACGUGUAACAAUUAGUUAGAGCUAGGAAUCGUUUGAGCAGCUGAACUUGCAGCAAGUGCCAUAAGGUUGAAGAAAUUUGAGCUUGGUUAGGACUGGAAAUAGCAGGAAAAUAGCCGGCACUCCGCUGUAAUUAAACAUUUCUUGCUCUUCGGCUUUAACUCGGUCCCGCCUAAAUCGAGGAUCUUUGUAUCUCUUCUUGACAAACUUAGCAAUUCAGUAAAAGUUGUCAGUUAAUAGAUUCGCAAUUUUUGUAAGGCUCUUGGGGUGAGUAUGGUACAAUCAAAGCCCCCUCCCCUGAGGGAGGGAAAUUGGGCUCAGUCGAAAUAACGUAAGAAAUUUAGCUUAGAAAGUGGCGUAUAAUUUUAGCGAAACCGGAGCCCUUUGAGACUACACACUACACAUAUUAAAAAGUAGUUAAAGGUGACGAUAAUUUUUACCAAUCUAAUCUGCGAAGGGAACUUAGUCUGAUCAAGUUGGUACUAGACAACGAUGGUGAAAGAAAUUUGUUUCCACAAUUUUUUGUCCUUUGCAGGAUUGGUCGCCGCAGUUCUUGGUUUAUGGAGACAUGGGUCGAAUUGGAGGAGCACCCAGUCUCAAACGGCUUAUUAUGGAAGCUAGGUCCGGACACAACACGGCCGCAUUGCAUGUUGGGGACUUCGCCUACGACCUUCAAACUGAUGGAGGACUUGUAAGUAAUGAUGCAGCUUUUUCUAUUCCUUCGAUGUAGUGCCCAUAAGCACCCUAAAAGUACACGGUGCCAGUGGAAUUCAACAAUAGGAAAUUGUCAGCUUAAAGGUCGGAGAGUUUCUAAUAAACUGUUUCAAACCAACACCAUAUGCCUGCCAAGGCGCUGAGGUAUCAAAUUAUUCUAAUUAAAUGUUAUUGAUCUCUUUUUAGUUUUCCCUUCCUUUUAAAUCUUGUCACCUCUUUCUAGAAUUUUUUCAUCGUUCACUUGAUUUUUUUCGGCUGAUUUUGUCUUGUUUUGUGACAAACAGGAAUAAUAUGGACAAUUAAAGGGGCAGAUUCAUGUUGUAAAUCUAUAAAUUGAUACCCAAUCGAGGCGCACUGAUUAAGAUCACUGUCAUGAAAGUGUAGAGCAGCGGAAAACUGUCUGUCGUAGUUCAAAGCUUUCCUUGGCUACCGUUCAUGUGGCUUGAAGCCUCAGUUUCAAGCCUUUCUCGGCAAUUUCGUAGCCUGAGAUCAGUAGUUUCUCUCUUCGGUUUUUAGUUUGUGACACGCUUACUUGAAAAUUCUUAGUCUCUCUUAUUCUUUGCCUACCUCAGAAUGGUGACGCUUUUAUGAACAGAAUUCAGGACAUGGCCGCGUGGAUUCCUUACAUGACAUGUGUUGGAAAUCACGGUAAGGUUUAGUUUAGUUUCAGUAGGAAAACUUCUCAAAUUGUAGAUUGAAAGAGGCUCAGGAAGGUCAAAUAAAUUCAUAAUUCUUAAAGGGAACGAACGGCGUCGUAUCGGGAUGAGUUAGCGCGGUUACAAGCUUGCGAUCGUUUAUCGGGCCGGCCAUGUUUGCUUUAGAAUUAGAGAGGAUAGGUGAGUGGAGAAGGUGGAGAAAGAUGAGACUGCCCUCUUUUGACCGUCGCGUAGGCCCUUGUGACAAACUUCUUUCUCUCCCCUCCUCCCCUGUGAAAAUCAAAGCUCUAAAAAUGGCAGCUAUAGUUUUCAUCAAGAAAAUACUGAGCUCUCACUCGCCAAAAUCACGCUUUCUCUGCAGUCUAAAUCAGUCGCUAUGAGAUCUAUCUUAGUUUUUUCCUUUUGUUUCAGAGAUUCCUUUCAACUUCAGUCACUACCGAUACAGGUUUUCCAUGCCGCAACUCCAGUGGCCCACUGAAAUCGACAGAAUGUGGUACAGCUUUGACGUCGCCAGAGCUCACUUCAUCGCGUACGUUUAUCUCAUAUUUUGCAUUACUUUUUGAACCCGUCAAGGUGAAAAAUCAUGGAGUGGUUCGUGCGUUAUGUGCCUCAUAAAAUUCAGCGCCGAAAAGGCGACUGAGGUCGUUGUCAGGUCAUGGAAAAUGUCCUUUCUGAUCAACCUCACCAGAAUACUGAAACAUCAUGACAGCUUCUUUUUUCACGGACAGCCAUUUCAUUUCAUGUGGUAGUCCCCCAUCUUUAUUUUCCCCCCUUUCCCCCCCCCCCUCCCUCACCAGGUACAGCAACUUGUGCUGAGUUGGGAACUCUAAACCAUAAAUCAGUUUCAUUGGAUGGAAUUCGAACGGACUUUAUUUCUAUUUUCUCUUGAUUUUUUAUUUCCAUUUGUUUUGCUCACAGUUACUCGUCUGAAGUAUACUUCACCAACGGCUCCAUUCAGGGUCAACUCGAGUGGUUAACCAACGACCUCAAAAAGGCGAAUCAGCCCGAGAACCGUGCCAAGCGUCCUUGGAUAAUUGCAUUUGGUCACAGACCAAUGUACUGUUCAAAUAUUGAUAGAGAUGAUUGUACCACGCUUCACUCUGUGGUUAGACACAGGUUGGUUGGCAAACAGUUUCCUUAUAUGAAAGACCGACAUGUACUUACCGUCCCCCCCCCUUUUUUUUUUCUCUCUGCGACAUGUGAAAUAACAUUUUAGAACGAGGUCCCGGAAGUCUCCAAUGCGAUAUAGUCUUUAGGCAUAUUUUUUUUCAAGAUGUUAAAAUCCUGAACCAGCUCCUUUUGAAAAGAAUAAUGGAAAGUUGGGACAGGUUAAUCCAAACAAGCGUAAAUGAGGGCUAAGGUUAGCGCAGAGGACAAGGGGCGUCGAUGAUAUUGCUGACAGAACAGCGUGUGAAUAUGCCAUGAAUAUAUUACUGAAAAUAAGAGAAAGUCUUCAGAGAGAGGUCAUCAAAGAAUCCUACAGCAUAGAAGGUACAAAGUAUGCGUGCAAAGAAAAAUAAUUUUGAAAAAAAACGAAACGGUAAGCAAAGUAUACGCGUAGAAACAUCUAACGGGAAGCAAGCUUGGAAAACACAUUGAUCAUGGCGACAUCGGUGAACUUUUAAGGCAUCGAAUUGUCCCAAAAAAACAAUUUUAUGGGCCAAAAAUUUCCCUUGCUUGACGUUGCUUAAGUUAAUGUAAUGCUCAAUACUUCUACGAUAAAAGAGAGCGAACAGUUAGAUGAUGAAUUCAAACCAGUUUUUGUGUUUGUGUUUUUCUUUAGCUUAGAGCCGCUAUUUUUCCAGUACGGUGUAGACAUUAUCAUCGAAGCGCAUGAACACUCGUACGAACGCCUCUGGCCAGUGUUCAACGACAUAGUAACAGCUCACAACUACAGCAAUCCUAAGGCCCCAGUCCACCUGAUAUCGGGCGCAGCGGGCUGCAAUGAGGCUUAUGGAAUAUGCGUGAGUCCCAUGUUAGGACCUAGAGGUAUGCAAUAUUUUAUUAGCUUAUAGGGACUCAUAAAUGACUGUGUUUUCCUUGGUUGUGGAUUUCCAAAAUCAAGGGCGGUUUAAAAUGUAAUAGUUAGCACUAUUGCCCUUCAAGAAAAUCGAGGGUCGCCGUGCUAAAUCUUCAUAGUAUAGUCUCGCUAUCCAGAACUUAAGCCGCUGCUUCUUUUUGCGGUCGUAAAUUUGUGGUUUAUUCUAAAUAAUUCCCAUCCUUGGUACUUCAAAUCGUUUUCACCAGCUCCACUGCAGUUUCCUAAUAAUUAUACUAUCUUAAAAUAUGCUUCGGUUUCUAAAUUUAGAAAGAGUCUCAUGCAAUAAAACCGCUCGAGAAGCCGCUUUCUAUUUAUUAAAGGCAUCACUUCAAGAACGUGUCAGGCUUUAGUCAAGAGCGUCUGGUUAUUUGCACUGCUAGGAGUCAAGAUCUGAAAUCCUUGUAAACCUUGUGGAUCCAGCUAAUACAGAUUAGACGUAAUACGUUUGGUAGAGUUUUUUCUUGUUUGUUAAAUUUAGGACGCGGCUAUUUCGUUAGUUAAAGAAUAUUACUUUAUCGCAGACUAUCUUGCUUGUAAAACUUUACUUCGGAGAAGAAUUACCACCUCAAUAGUCUAUAUUCGACAAGAACUUUCGUCGAUAAGCCGCAACCCCUCUGUAUUCGUGGUUCUUCGAACGACCACCAGUACAUUUAAAAUGGUGGUCGUUUAAUCUUAAGGUUAAGGUUUAAUCUUUCUUGACGAGGAAAUCAACAGUUCGCUGAGUUCUGCCUCUAGUUUUUUUUUUCAAGAAAUAAACUCAGCAGAAGGCAUCUGGAACGUCAUUUCGCGAUUUGCUAAAGCUCUACCAAAAAGGAGUGACAAAGCGUCUUUUGUUGAAGAUACCAUGCGCCUGGUUGGUUCUCAACCUCUGUAGAAUUUCGGGAGAAGUGACUUCAAAAAGUGUGGGAUAACUUACUCCAGAAAAGAAUCGGCGGCGUCUGCAUUUGAAAUGCUGGACAGAGGAAGUACCUUGGUAAUCUUACCGUUCACUUGGUCACCACACCUUCCACUUAUUGACAAAUUAAUCUUCCGUGCAGUGGGGGUCUGGUGCCAGCAUUCGUUUACCUUCAAAACUGCAUCGUACUGUGAUUUCUGUUCUAGAUUUGUAGGAAAGUACAAGAUAUCGAUGAAGUCCCGUGAAAAUUUAUGUUAAUCAUCAUAGAUUCCGGAUUAGCUGAACCACUCGCAGGACAACGUGCUGUUUUUAAAACAGAUUAGAACUGGCACCAUUCUUGUUUUGUUUGUUUGUUUGUUUGUUUGUUUUUUGAGCAAUUUUAUACAUUUUAUAAAUAUGUUUGUGAUUUCAUUUUGACUCCAGUCUCAGCCUUAAUUUCAGUUUGAAUUAUGGGUCAACUGUAGAUUCAGUGUUAACUAUAAUCGACGCAUUUAACGUAACUCAAUCUUAAGAAGAUGUCUACUCCUUGUUCAAUAUCAAAACAAAAAAAUAUCCUUUCUCUAUUUUAAACAAUUGUCCGAGUUAACGUGACUAUGGAAUGAAAAAAAGGUUGCAAGGUGGAUUUAUUUCUUAGCAGAUCACCACUGCUUGCUUCUCGAGGCUUUCCUCAUUUUUAUAUUUCUAGAUAACAUUAACUGAUUUGUUAUUAUCAUGGUGCCUUAAGGGUCUACAUCGUAGAUUGUUCCACUUGAAAAUUGUAAAUUUCAGUGCAUGGUCCUCGCUCAUCUUCCCUCUCUAACAUAAUAAAAUGUCCCGGCGUAGAUUCUUGAAUAGAUUACAAGUGUUAAUCGUCGUCUUUUGUCAGGUCCCUGGUCUGCCUUCCGCGAGUGGUUCCCGGGCAAUGCUGGUUACGGUAAACUUUGGAUUGAGAACUCAACUCAUGUAUACUGGGAACAAAUUGAGGCUUAUGAUGGUUCGGUUACAGACAGUAUAUGGAUAAAACAGGAACACCACGGACCUUUCAAACCCCUGGAUCCGUGGUUAUAGUGGGAGACAGAGGGUAACAGCACAAAGUACAGGACACUGUGAAUUUAACUUAGAAUUUCGCUGACACGCUACUUUACGAGGAAUCAUUCAAUAUGAAGUUUAAUUCAGCGCCUCCAUAAUCAAUGGAACUCCAAAUGUUAUCUAUUCCGAAACAUAUAGUAUAACUUUUAUAUUUUUAGCACUCUCUAACUGCUUUUAACAUGAUUUUUGAGAGAUUUCGAAGUUUCUGUUUUUCAAAAAUUUUAGCACUGAAUGUAAUAAAAUUUAACACUUUGAACUGGAGCUCAUAAGGUCAUCUGGAGGGUGUCAGAUUGAAGGAAAAAUAUUUCCUAUUUAAGACUGUAAUCUCAAACUGCUACGAUCAUGUACAGGACUCUUAUUGUAAGAAUUGAAUUUUGAAUUCAUUUAAGAUUCUCUUUCGGCUUUGUAUAUAUAUGUAACCACCAUCCCAUCGCCUUAGUGCACUCUUGUGAGGGCGUUUGAUAUUUUAGAUAUGUAAGACGCGAUGCAUUACUUCGAUGUGUGUUGGUAGGUCGAAGGGGAGCAAAGUUAUUUGACGGGGGAACUAAUAGUUAAUAAACACGGAAAAAACUUUGCUUAGUUAGAGCUCAGAAGCCAUCUUCAUUAAACUAAAGAACAUAACUCAUUUCAAAUGCCGCCACGAGAAUAAGUUUUACUUAGCAAAUUUCACAAGCCGCCAACAAUAGCUCUAUAGAAUCU